ACCCAGAUGUGCAUGGGGGCGGCACUGGAGGACAGGAGCCUGAGGCACGAGCUCUUCUGUCUGUGCCAGCUUCUCUGCCGCGCGGCGCCACCGUUGAGAGGGAAACUCACCUGCCAGCCACAGGAUCCAAGCUCUGGGGUCUCUGGCCCUUCCUUCCCUGGGUAGUGAGGUGGUGCUGGCGGCUCCGUGGGAGGGUUAGGAGAAAAGCAGGGCAGGCUGAGGAGGUGGCCCUGGGAGAGGUGGUGAGGGAGCCGGAGAUUGGUCGUGGGGGUGGGCUGGCUGGCCCAGGAGGCACAGGUUGCCAACGAGGCAAGAGGUCCCAGCUCCCUACAGAGAACGAGGACCUGGCUGAGUGCAGACCUGAGCACCCAGCAUGUGGACACAGGGCACCUGGACAGUCCUGGGGUGAGCCCACAGGUGGUCAUCCUCCGGCUGACACCUAGCCUGCAGGUGGGACGGGAUCAAAGCAGUGCAGUUUCCCAAGGUAGGAUGGGUGAGCCAGGGCUGAGAGCAGCCCUGGACAUCCCCCCCUGUGCCCCUGCCACUGGGGCUCAGGUACUCACAGGGUGUUCCUCUGCAGGUACCUCAAGGCUGAAGCCAGCCGAGCCAGAGAUGCUGCCGGUGCCCCUGGCAAGGGCCUGGUUUCCAGAGACUCUGCGUCAUCUGUGAACAAGUGCCCCUGCCGGGACGCCCUCGGCUCCUGUGAGGAGGGGCCUGGAGCGCCGGAGGGCAGGUGGGCGCUGGGUGCAGCUAUGGACCGUGAGCUGGCCUGGCCCGUGUCCUUGCUGAGCCUGCCCACUCUUCGCUGUGUCUGCCAUGGGCAUCUCAGUGUACAUCAUGGUGGAGCUAGCCAUUGCGGUGCUGGCCAUCUUGGGCAAUGUGCUGGUUUGCUGGGCUGUGUGGCUCAACAGCAACCUGCAGAAUGUCACCAACUACUUCGUGGUGUCGCUGGCAGCGGCCGACAUUGCCGUGGGGGUGCUGGCUAUCCCCUUUGCCAUCACCAUCAGCACAGGGUUCUGUGCCGCCUGCCACGGCUGCCUCUUCUUCGCCUGCUUCGUGGUGGUCCUCACGCAGAGCUCCAUCUUCAGCCUCCUGGCCAUCGCGAUUGACCGCUACAUUGCCAUCCGUAUCCCACUGCGGUACAAUGGCCUGGUGACGGGCACACGGGCCAAAGGCAUCAUCGCAGUCUGCUGGGUGCUGUCAUUCGCUAUCGGCCUGACGCCCAUGCUGGGCUGGAACAACUGCGGAUGGCCGAAGGAAGACAGGAACCACUCACAGGCCUGCGGGGCGGGCCAGGUGGCCUGCCUCUUUGAGUACGUGGUACCCAUGAACUAUAUGGUGUACUACAACUUCUUUGCGUGUGUCUUGGUGCCCCUGCUGCUCAUGCUGGGCGUCUACCUGCGCAUCUUCCUGGCAGCGCGGCGGCAGCUGAAGCAGAUGGAGAGCCAGCCAGCACCAGGCGAGCGGGCAAGGUCCACACUGCAGAAGGAGGUGCAUGCUGCCAAGUCACUGGCCAUCAUUGUGGGGCUCUUUGCCCUGUGCUGGCUGCCCCUGCACGUCAUCAACUGCUUCACCUUCUUCUGCCCCGAGUGUGCCCACGCCCCGCUCUGGCUCAUGUACCUGGCCAUUGUCCUCUCCCAUACCAACUCUGUCGUCAACCCGUUCAUCUACGCCUACCGCAUCCGAGAGUUCCGCCAGACCUUCCGCAAGAUCAUUCGCAGCCAUGUCUUGCGGCGGCGGGAGCCCUUCAAGGCGGGCGGCACCAGUGCCCGGGCCCUGGCUGCUUAUGGCAGCGGUGAUGGAGAACAGGUCAGCCUCCGACUCAACAGCCACCCUCUCGGCAUAUGGGCCAACGGCAGCGCCCCCAGUCCUGAGCCACGGCCCAAUGGCUACUCCCUGGGGUUGGUGAGCAGAGGGGGUGCCCUCGAGUUCCAUGGGGACAAGGGCCUCCCAGAUGUGAGCCCAGAGUCUGCUGGCCUAGUGGCUCCCCUGGCCCAGGAUGGAGCAGGCGUGUCCUGACGGCCCACAGAGCUUAUCUUUUCCUAAGAUGAGGAAGCCUUUGUCUUUCUAGUCGGUUAAACCAGUCAGGUUGGAAGGGGGAAGAAGGAAAGUGCCGGAGACCCUAAGCAGGGCCGCUCCCACUUUGGACUGGAUGAGGGAGCUGAGCUUGCCCGGCAUGUGUCCCAGAUAGAAGGGGCUGGGUCUGAGGGCGCAUCGUGGCUGGCAGGGCCCCACUCCCGAGUGUCUGGAAGUGCCACUUGUCUGUAGCAGCUGUGGCCAAGCAGACUGGCCUGGCUGGGGCCAACAAGUGGCUCUAACAGGACCCCUGCCACAUACUGCACCUGGACUUUUCUGGGUUUGGGGGCUGCUGUGCCCCCCAGAAGUGGCAUGUGACCAUUUUUCCAAGACAGAAUGACAGUGUGAGGAAACCCUUUUUAUUUUAUUAUCUUCCCCUCCCUGGCUGCUGAGUCCGUUGUGGGUCCUGCUGCUAACAGGGUGCCCGGUGUCUACCCAGCGGGGUGUCUGGCAGCCCUCCUCAUUGCCUGGAGCCCGUGCACCCCCCAACCCUAUCAGUCCAGGGCUAUCUUUUGGGGUGAUGAAGAUGGGAUCAAGGACAGGAGCCUGAGGUCUGCAGGGAGUCGUGGGGAGCAGCCCCGGAGUGGCCAGGUCCCAGGGGAGAGGCUGGUGGCUAGCAGAGGUCGGUCGGCCCCCAUGCAGGGCCACCCAGAGCUGCCUGGGGAGAGGCCCCAUCUAACUGCCUUUCCUUCUGAAGGGAGUGUUUUUUCUGAGGUAAAAUAAAAAUGAGCCAUAUUGUGUUUCAGCUCGUCUGAUGAGAAUGGUGUCUGAUUCUGUUCCCUGCCUCACAGCCAGGAGCAGAUUGCAUAUAUUUGAGAGAGUGUGUGUGAAUAUGAGGGACAGACAUACAGACACCCUGCCCGCCCUGGGGCCUCCCCAGGCUCCCGUCCUCCCAGGGAACAAGCGGCCUAGUUGCACCAGAAUCCGAACUCCUACGUGUGCCCCAGACUGGCCUUCCGUGGGAGAGGCCCGAAGGCUGGGGAGGAGGUGCCCUCCCUUCACCCUGCAGAAGUCCCUGACUCCUCCAACCCCUCCUGUGGGGCCGGGAAUGGGGCAGGGUGGGGGGAGGAGAUUUUUCAGGCCAGGCAUCCUCUGCUGCAUCACCUUCCCAGCAUCCUUAGAGAGAGAGUCUAUAUAGUCCCGUGACUCAUGUCAGAGAGGGUGUCUGAGACCUGGCUCAGACAUGGGGUGGGCAUCCAGAUGGGACAUUGGGCCCCUCUGGAACAGAUCCGGGCUGGGCUAAACUACUUUCCCCUGGAGUAACCGUUCCUCUACUUCCAACGAGGGGGCACUGGUGGUUCAGUGGUAGAAUUCUUGCCUCCCAUGCAGGAGACCGGGAUUCAAUUCCUGGCCAGCGUACCUCGUACACAG